GUGACAGGCACCAGCGCUGCUACUGAUGGUAAUGCCAAUGUUACAUCUAAUAGUCGGGUGCAGUGUUCCGAACCCUCGAAAAUAAGCCGAAACGAUGAAAUGUCUGUCAACCUUCAAACUGGACCACGUGCCGGGGGUGCUGGUCCUGGAGUUGAAGAUGAGCAUGCGUCUCCUCAAGGUUCUGAAAGCACUUCGUACGAUCCCUAUGGAUGUGCUUUUCGACGAUGAUCGUGAUCCGUGUUUGAAGUCCCAACGUGGUGAAGGUGAAGGAAUUGCUCGUGCCCUGUCCCAAACACGAAAUUGUGCGACAGUUCUUGACGUGCCCGAUGAUAGCAAUCCCUCACCGCCAGUUGCACGUGUUCCUCAUCCGCGAGCUUACCUUUCUCACUGGUUUGAUAAUGCAAAGAAGGUUGGUUUGCGAAAGGUCUUGAAUGAGAUCUUUUUCGAAAUGUUUGUGAAGACUGCGACGGUCGUAAAGGAUGAAGGGAUAUGGAAAAAAUUCCUUGAUUGGCAGAGAACUAAACUCACUGAUAUGCGCUCGGAACGAGGAUCCUCUCUGCUCUCCAAUCCGUUGAAUAUUUCGGAUGUGGAGUCCAGCUGGAUGUUACAAUCCCUUCUGCACGAUGACUACAUUGCGCUCCCUAAUGAGGAGAUUGCAAGAAUGACAUUUGAUUUGCCCUAUUGUCCGAUGGAUGGGACUAUUCCGGAGCCCUUCUUCAGAUAUGCUCGCAUACAAAGUCUCAUCAAAAGAAUUCAUGUCGGUGUUGCUUCUUCCGCUCUUCCUUCGGCCACUGUCCGUCCACUGUCAUUACCGGCACCGUCUCCUGCCAAUUAUCAACGUCUUGCAGAUUAUGCUUCGCCGUCCAAUGUGGGAACGCCCAUCGUCACUGCUUCUACAGUUGUUUCUGCUUCGCCUGCCGCUAUGUUUACUCCAUCUCCCGCUCCUUGCGUUGUCCCCGCUCCUGUCUCACCAGCUGCACAACUGCAUGUCCGUACAGGAGGUUUGACAGAAGUCACAACUUAUACUUUUGAUAUUGCCGUCUACGAGUCUCUUGCAUCCGUUGGUCCCAAAAAAGUGCAUGCGCAUCUCUCCUAUCUUGAUAGCUCUCACAGGUUGCAAGAUAUCACGCAAGCGGCUAAGGAGAUGCAUACGGAUAUGAACACGUGGAAGUCUGUCGAUGCUGCCAUCCAUCCUGACUACCAUCGGCAGCGACAAAGUGGAUUUCAAACUUUUGAGGAUUAUUGUCCGAAAGUGCUGCAACAGAGUUCUAUUCGUGACAUGUUGCGAGAAAGGAGAUCUUCGAAGAAAGCCAACAGGACGGAUCGACGACUGGGCAACGGCAGACCGGCAGGCACAACCUCCAGAGCAAGCAGUCAGCAACAUUGUGCGGGUUUUGUGGCGAAGCGGCCGUAUGACCCGAGGUUGUAUGCAGGCCUGCCUUCUCACGAGAUUCCUCUGCCGCCGUCGGAUGACGAGAGGGGAGACGCCAGGUCGUCGACUUUGCCGUUGGGAAGUGGGUCUACGCUAGAAUGGGCGGUGACGCAGUCGUGCGGAGGCAGGCGGGUGGAGACCCCGUGGUCUUCCACGUCACUGGUGAACGAGGGGCUGUGCAACGACGACGGCAAUGCAGCAGUUGAUCUGAGCUUCCAGUUGUCCAGCAGCAGUGGAGCAGCGGCAACGCACACUCGGAUCAUCAAUCCCCACCCGGGUGUGGAUUGCGCGGACAACACGCACGGUGGUGUGUGCGGGCCGCGAGACGGAGGUCUGCCUCAAUCGCUUCGCGAAGGCGGUGGUAAUCGGAAUGAGUCCACGUCGACCGUCGGCGGAGGAGUCGGUGCGCGUGAACGUCCGGAGUGGAUGCGGUUGUCACCUGCGUCGCGAAGCGGAUUCGGCGCUCCUUCUGGACAGCAGCGGCCGGAGGAUUUGCGUCAGGAAGGUGCAGACGUGCACCGCGACGGCAGGCAGCUGUGGGCAGAGUGCAGGCAGGCCUUGCAUCAACGUGGAACGAAGACAAUCACGAGAGGGGUGCAACGGCUCCACGUGGACGAAGGGGACGAAGCUGCUGUUGAGGAGGCCCAGGGGUGUGACGACGUUGACGGUGACGACGAUUGCAACUCCGACGAUUUGCCAAACAUCAGGCCGCUGGGGAGGAAGGCGAUGAAUGGCGGAGCGACUGCGAGGAAGGGUCCCGCUACGAAAAGUCGACGGAGCAAGAAAAUGGAUGACGACACGAGUCGGAGCGAUGGCGAGGGAGGUCGCAAUUUGUGGUCGGUGGGAUACACGAUCGCACUCGUCAGGGCAAAAAGGGAUCAAGAUCUGUAUUUCGUCGGCAUGGGCACCACUUUCGCCCGCAUGAAAAUGAGGGAGUGGAAGUGGGAGGACGUGCGGGCAAGGUUGCAGUCGAUGGGCGUGACGAGGGAUGUCGUCGACUGUGGGAAGAAAUGGGACAACUUGAUGCAGCAAUUCAAGAAGAUGCCGGCAGGCGCGGGGGCUGCAAGGGACACCAUGGCCACUGACGGUGGAGGGGAGGCAGCCGACGAGCAGCAGGGGUCGACGAAAGACUCCACAUUCAGCGCGGGGAGCGGCAGCGGUUAUGGGAAGAGGAAGAACAUUCGGCAACAAACCUUUGAGGUCGUCGCUGAGGUCAUGGACAAGCAUGGUGCGCUUAUGGCGAGCACAAUGGACAGCGCGAGCAAGCGGCAAAGCUCGAUGAUGUUACAUCAGUGCGAAAUCCUGGAGAGCGAAGUGGAAGUGCAGAGGAAACAUUAUGCUGCGGCGGAUGAGGCGAACAGAAUGAUGUGUAGCAAGAGACGGCCAUUGACGGAGGCAGGAAGCAUGUCUACACGAGGCGGCGCCCGUGGCAAGAAGUGGGAAAACAUCCCCGCGGACAUUCAGGGGCGGGAAAGGGGUCGGCGGCAUGUCUCGAAGGCGAAGAGGCUUCGUUCGGAAGAAACAUCAGCAAGCCUGCCUCUUCGGCGAGGGCGAAGUUGGACGGCAGCCAACGAAGAGGAAGAUGACGACGUCUUCACGACGGAGGAGGAAGCAGCAGAGGACAACGCGCCGGGGCUUCGGGGAAACACUCUUCAACGCUCAUCUGAUCACAGCGGUGCGAGAAGAUUGGUGACGCCCCCUCCAGAGGCGCAACAAGUGCGUGCGCACAACACCCAGAAGGCGAAGGAGGUUGUUGUCGACAUCGGCGGCGAGGACGACGAGCCAUUGAAAAGCCGUAGGCAACGCAAUGCCACACAAGCCGCCACGGCGACGACAGUGAGGAUACUCGCCCCGACUAAAGAAAGACCACCUCAGGGUGGCCUGCCCUCCACGUCGUCCCAGCCGCGCCCGCGCAACACGGCUGCAGAGGGGGGCUCCAUGGAAUGCGGGGGAGGGGAGGGGGGCCAACAAGAAGCGCGUGUGGCGGGUAGGGGCGCGAUCGCUGCUGCAGCCGCGGGGUCUUCGGGCAAUGUUGGUGUCGUGGCGAGGGCGAGAGAAGAGGUCCCAGUUGUGGAGUGGAAGGCGACGCGUGGCAACAACAAGGGUGAAAGGGAGGAUGAAGACCCCCUUCUAAGCCGAGUUCGGAGGGGAGGGAUGGCGAGAGAUCUGGCCGACCGUGCCCGCCUGUGGUCCGGGAACCGCCCCCGAGGAUUCAAUGUCGCUUUCCAGUACGCGCUGGAGUCAGUGGCGACUGAUAUUGCGCGCGUAAUGUGGUACGGUGAGGAGUGGAGCAAGGUCGUUAGCGCGGCCGUUUGCGCGCAACUAAUCGACCUGAACAUGGACUUGCCAUUGUGGUUUGUGGGCGCGCACAUCGAGGACAGGCCGGAGGACGACGGCAUGGCGGCGCACCAGGAGGCGACCGUUAUAUGCAUCGCGCAUGCAUUUCUCGCCGCGGUGCAAAUGGGUGGCAUCGUCGACAGCGGGUUCAUCUCGCACGAUCGUCUGUCUAGAAUUGUGGAUUGCUUCAGACUUUUGUUGGCUGCUUGCAUGUGGUUGAUGCACAUGGCGGGAGACGAUCCGUGUAGCCACUACGAAGCCUUUUACUUCGCGAAGCUGGUUGAGAAGCCCACGCUCGUCGCGUCCAUACAUCGCGCCUUCGAUCAUCGACGAUCCGUCAUUCGAGCCAUGAACGUCGUCACUGAGAGACUAGGGAAGGCGAACGCCACACUCGGAGAGUCCUUGAAGUACAUCCCCGACUGGGCUUCCUGCGGCAUCGUCUUUGGGCACGAUGCGACCAUAACCGGGCCAGAGAACGCGAAGAGGAGGGAUUGGUUGGGUUCGGGCCCCUUGGAGGAAAACGACCACGACGAUGGAAAAGAGGACGCUUAGGGGGGAGGUUGGGUGGUAGAGGCUGUUGCUGGUGUUGACACGUGAAGCGCGGGAGAGGGUACACGAACGGGUCUCGUGUUCCGGCGUG